AUGCUGGACAAGCCCGUCCUCUUCAGCAAGGUCCUAGCCUACACUUUUGCCUUUUUCUUCCGAGAAUGGCGUCGCGCCCUAGGAAGAACCACAGACGGCUGGGCCUCCAAAGUCUCUAGCAAAAAGCCCUCGGACACGCGAGACCGCAACAUUGUCAUUGUCGGCGCCAGCUUUGCAGGAUACCAAGCUGCUCGGGUUCUCUCCAUGAACCUACCCCCCGGAACUUCGUUUAGAGUCGUUGUCAUUGAGCCGAAUUCGCAUUUCCAGUUUACUUGGGUUCUUCCGAGGUUUUGUGUUGCAAAGGGUCAUGAGCACAAGGCGUUUAUUCCGUAUCGGCAGGAUCUUAAGGAGCUUCCUGAGGGUGCGCUUCAUUGGGUUCAGGAUCGUGUUGUUGAGGUUACAAAGACGCAUGUCAAGCUUCAAGAGAGUGGUGAAGAGAUUCCUUACGAGUACCUCAUUGUCGCUACAGGUUCUGCUAUCAAGGAUGGUCUCCCUUCGCGACCCAAUGCUGCUGACAAGCUUGAGGCGAUGAAGAAGAUGCAGGAUAUGCAGAAUGGUAUUGAGAAGGCUACCAAGAUUGUUGUUGUUGGAGGUGGUGCUGCGGGUGUUGAGCUUGCGACAGAUGCCAAGUCUAAGUAUCCCGACAAGACCGUCAUUCUGGUGCAUUCGCGAGCGGCGCCUAUGCAUCGGUUUAGCAAGACUCUUCAGGAUGCUGCGAUUGAAGGUAUCAACAAGCUCGGCAUUGAGCUUAUUCUUGAGGAUCGUGUGGUUAGCGAGGAAUCCGGAACAGUCACUUUGCGAUCCGGCAAGGUCAUUGAGUGCGAUUACUAUGUCAACUGCGUCGGCCAAAAGCCCGCCUCAGAUAUCCUCAAGACCCUCGUCCCUGGCGCCAUCACCGAGUCCGGCCAUAUCAAGGUCAAGCCCACUCUCCAGAUCGCCGACGAUGCCUUCCCCAACAUUUACGCCUGCGGCGACGUCGCAGACACCAAGACGACAAACCCCAACGGUCGUUCGGCAAACCGACAAGCCGACGUUGCGGCUGAUAACGUCCUCCUCGCUCUACGCGGAAAGAAGCCUAGCUACACUUUCACAAACUACUGGGCUGAUGGCAUCAUCAAGUUGACGCUGGGUAUUGUAAGUAUCCCAUUACUCUUUUAG